UAACUUUUUUUCAGGCUGGGGCAAAGGGGGGAAACUCUGUAGCCCUUGUCAGGCAAGCCCUCAUCUGGCUCAUCGUGAUUUACUUGAUGACUUUGAACUGUUUGUCUCUCGUAGAAAAAAUAUGUUAACAGAGAAGAUUACAAAACUGUUCCAGAGUUCCACCAGUUCAACUCUUUGGGGUCGGGGAUCUCGUUGUCGCCAUAUUUGAUUUUGUUGAUUAGCCAAACAUGGUUGUUGGAGGCGCAAAACGAACAGAACGGCAAGCGUGUGGAGGUGGCUGGAGAAAUUGGACGUGGGAAAAAAUGGCGGAAGCGAAUGAUGAAGUGGAUUCCGAAUCUAAUAGCGGUAGAAUCAAGGACAAUUGGAAUAUUGUCCAAAAGAAAGGAAAAAGGAGCAAAGUAGAGUACAGAGUAGAGAAUGUCACUUCGUAUUUUGUAGGAGUACGGUUUGUAAAUGAGGAGCAGCUGAACGAAUUACCAAUCUUGAGGAAUCCAUUUGAGUAAUCCAAACUGGUGGAGAGAGUGCUGGGAAGAGUGAAGGCUGUGAUGAUCACUAGAGGCUGGUUUGUUUAGAUUUUUUUUUCUGAGGAACAGAAGAAACGUGUGUUGCGUCUCACCCGAUUUGAUAAAUUUGAAGUGUCCUGUGUGUCUCUUAGGAACAGGGCACAUCUCAAGGGGGUUAUAUCUGGCAUAUCGUAAGUAUAUGUUGAAGAGAUAAAAAAAAAUAUUCCAGGAGUAAUUGAUGCACGUCCGAUGAAUCGUAGGUGAAUGAAGAAUCGUAGAUGAAUGAAGAAUCGUAGGUGAAUGAAGAAUCGUAGGUGAAUGAAGAAAAGUGAGUUUAUCUGUUAUUUUGUUUGUUGAUAUGGAGUCUCUCCCUACUCAAGUGUAGUUAGGGUAUAUUAACUACAGAGUCAGAUCAUUUAUCCCAAGAGCAAUGCAGUGGGAUCAUUGUAAAGCGUUUGGUCAUGUAGCAAGUGUUUGCUGAAAGGAGAAGCGGAGAUGUCCAAGUUGUUGAAAGGAUCAUAUUACACGGGAGCCCAACAUUUUUUAAAGGUUAAAAAGGUGGACUUUGGGACUUUUAUAGUUAUGGUAAUUAAUGGCACUGCCAAGGUGGAGAGAAGGUCCAUGAAGAUAUAAAUCAUAGUGAUUGCGGCGGUUCCUGGGGCUGAAAGAUUUCUCAGCGAAAGAGUUAUGCAAUAUUGGUACAAGCCGUACCAGAUAUGGAGAACUAAAAGAAGGAAGAAGUGGGAGUUUUGUUUGUUUUGGCAAUGUACUCCUUUUAAUACGAUGGAUUAAAUUAUGUUUCACUAUCACGUAUGGAUACAAAUAUAUAAUAUAAAUAAAAAUGUCGGUUUCAAACUGUCCAGUUGGUGGCGACAAUACACCUUUUUGGGUUGUUGUCCGCCAUAAAAUCCACAGAAGAAGAAGGAGGCGCAUGACACUGACAGCCUUCUCUUGUCAGGAAAACUUGAAAUCCAGCUCCAACAGCUAAAAAGACAGACGUCAGACGUCGAUCCCCUCAUUCACUGGACAGGAGUUUGUCGUCUAACGUUAGUGGACAUGGAGGAAGACAAUCAAGAUGCCUUUGACAGAGCCAGGCUGCAGGUGAUCAAAGACGGCUAUGAGAAGGCCUUUGAGUGCAUUAACAGGGGCUUGACCGAGGAUGAAGCUGGCCACAAGGCCCAGGCCCUGGCCCAGUACAGACAGGGACGCCAGCACCUCCUCAGGGCCAUCAGUGUGCCCUCACAGGGGCACGAGUGUGUGGGGUGCUCCUGGGAGUCAGCCCGCCAGAUGCAGCACAAGAUGCAGGAGACUCUGAACAACAUCACCACUCGAUUGGCGGUCCUAGAGACCAGCCCAGACCCUGAGCUCCCACCACCUCUAGAUGCCUCUAAUGGAGUCGGUGGGACAGCAUCUAACUCUAACCUUUACCCCAAACUGGAGAAGGAGAAACCAGAGCGGCCAUCUCCACCCAAGCUACUAAUGACUAACUGCCAGGCUGGAGCUGUGGGAGGCAUUGUGUCUCCCUCCCUGCCUAUUUCUCCCACUAGACAGCAUGUGGUGCCUGGCGAGCUGCCCCCAGCCUACUCCUCCCAGGCGGCUGAUGGCCACCUGACUAUCUCCUACGGGACAGAAUCUGGAGAGAUGUCGCUGGUAGGAGAGGAGUUUUACAGCCACAUGUCCCCCUCUCCUCAGAGCCUGGGGGAGGAUGGAGAGGAACUCUUCUUCCUGUCUCACGGGGUACAGAUAUUCUUUGUCACACCUGACGGCCAGGUCAGCGCUCCCUCCUACCCAGGGUACCUGCGGAUGGUCAAGUUCACCAGCCAGCAGUCAGAGAGAGUGCCCAACCGCCCCCCAGCCUUCCUGCAGGUGUGUGAUUGGCUGUACCCUCUGAUGGCCACUGACUCCCCCGUCCUGCUGUGUAACACAGGGGUGUUCAUGUUCCCGGACAUGAUGGCGUCCGCCCCGGGGUCCUACGUGGGCGUUGUGCUGUCCUCUGAACUGCCUGGAGAAGACAGACAACUGUUCCAGGACCUGCUGUCCCAGAUGACAGACCUCAGGGUGCAGGCUCCAAAUGAGGCAGCAGACAGCAUCAACCUGAGCCAGAAGGUGUCCAUCGCUCCCCUCAAGGAAGAAGAGGCCCCAGCAGCAGGAGAGGAGGAGGAGAAGAACCUGCCAGAGUGGAGUGAGAAGGUGGCCAGCGGCGUCCUCACAGGGGCAUCGUGGCUGAGCUGGGGCCUGGUGAAGGGGGCUGAGUUCACUGGCAUAGCCAUCCACAAGGGGGCGUCGAAACUGCGGGAGCACAUCACCCCCGAGGACAAGCCAGCCCAUGUCAGCCCCUCCGUCUCCAAGGGAUUGCAUGUAGCCAAACAGGCCACUGGGGGCGCUGUCCGCGUCAGCCAGUUCCUGGUGGACGGUGUGUGUAUGGUGGCAGGGUGUGUGGGUAGAGAGAUAGCUCCCCAUGUGAAGAAACAUGGAAGCAAGUUGGUCCCGGAGUCCAUGAAGAAAGACAAAGAUGGACGAUCCAACAUCGAUGGAGCCAUGGUGGUGGCUGCCAGCGGAGUUCAAGGCUUCGCUACCAUGUGGACUGGCUUGGAAGUAGCAGCAAAGAACAUCACCGUCUCCGUUGCCUCAGAAACCGUCAACACUGUCAAGCAUAAGUAUGGGGUGGCAGCCGGCCAGGCCACAGACCAUGCUGUGAACUCAGCCAUUAACAUGGGCGUCACCGCCUUCAACAUUGACAACCUGGGUAUCAAAGCUGCGGUGAAGAAGACUGGCAAACAGACGGCUGUGGCCAUUCUGCAGGACUACCAGCUACAGGACCCUACCACUAACCAGAAACAAGUGGAGAAACGGGACAAAUAGGCCCCAUCCAGGAAUAAGUUUUACGUCCCAAAUGGCUCCAUAUUCCCUAAAUAGUCACUACUUUGGACCAGAGCAAAAUAUAGAGAAUAGGGUGUGUUUUGGGACACAGUCAACCCCUAGCCCCAUGACACUUACUUCUACCCACAGAGCACUGGUGUAGAUAUGAGAGGACUGGAUAGGUGUGAGCAAAACGGCAAAACUUCUACUUGCCUAGUCUGUCAUAGGGAAAGGCUGAGGUACUACCAUAUUGAUUAAACGUGUCCGUUUUCUUUCAGAUCUACCCUAGUGCCUAGAAGGUAGAGGCUAGGUUUGUGUCCCAAAUUGCACCCUAUUCCCUAUGUAUAGUGCACAAAGGGGAUGAGGUGCUAUUUGGAAUGCACCCAUGUCCUCCUCUCUUUCCUUUAGAGCCUUAAUUAACACACAAUUUGUAUUCUUCUAUAAAGAAAUCUAUAUAAAUAUUUUAUAUUUGCAUUCUACCGUAGUUGACUAAUAGCCUAUAGAUAUCUUACCAGGGUUUGAUACAACUGUUAAGCACUUGAGUCUUCAUAAUGAAUGGUGUGACAUUAAUAAUGUCAUUAAUAUAAUAAUAACUAAGAUGAACAUUGUGUAGGUAGGCUGAUGUAUUAUUGCUAAAUUAUUUGUGUGCAAGACACUGGAAUAGAAUAAGUCACGUAUGUGAUACAAAUAUAAACUGAUAACAGGAUUAUUUUUAAACAUUUCAAACCUACUGCUGUUGACCUAUUGUAGUAAUACUGUAGUAACAGUAGUAGUAUUACUGCAGUAGUACUGUAGUAACACUGUCCACAUUUCAGUAUAUCUGGAGGCGAAUGUGUAUCUGAGGUGAGGUUGCACAAUUCCGGUAACAGGAUUUCUGGAAAACCUGGGAAUUUUGAAGAAGUUAAGGGGGGGGGGGGCAGCAUGCUAACUAUGUGCUAUAAGAAUACAUGUUUGGGUUCAUUUAAUCAAUGAAAUAAUGUGUAUGUGUGAAACAAGAUGAAUCUAAGCAUGCACAGGAAUACAUGUAGCUUGUAUAGCUGUUGAGGGUACUGGAUUAGAUUGAACAAGGUAUACUCGAAGGUAUACUCUUGUCAUAUGACUUUGUAAUGCAGAGGAAAGAAUCAAUCCAAACGUAGAAGCAGUGGAGUGUUGGAACUGGUUUGAGAAUGAUCCAUGGCUUGCUUAGUAUGCCUUAAUAACCAGUUACUACAUGCUCUAUGCUACUCUAACCAAGCAAGCCCACGCUACUUUCAUCUUGGCUGUACUUGUUAAAGCUGUGAUAUUAAUUUUCUAUGAAAGGACACUUUUUUUUCAUGUGAUGUAAAGAAGGGGAUAUAUUUUUUUUAACUAUGACAUCUGGAAGAAUUUUUUUAUGGCAAAAUUACAGCUAUAAAUAUAUCAACUGUUUUGGCACAAUCUGUACGUAUGUGGGAAGUUUUGAAGUGUGUGUUUAAGAUUAGUGUCGCUGUACGUGUUCUCAACAUACUGUAUUUAACUUGUAAUGCUGUCUACCAUUCAUGAUUGACCUUGGGCUGAUGUUGAUUCAAUAUGAAUUGUCUUCAGUAAUAUUUCCCCUUCAGGGGGCAGACUGUCUUUCUGGUGUGAAUUUGAAAUAUCAUGCAGGCAUUGAAUACACAUCAGCAUUUUCACAAAGUGGUUGUCAUUCUUUUUUCUUUUUUUUUAUGGCUCUGUGCUUCUAUGUGAUCAAAAAGUCACAUGGUCCGACAAUAAACCAAACAUCUGAUAUGUAAUAAAAAGCUGUUGAAGAA